AUGCCCCGCCGCGGAAAUUGGGUUCGGGGUAGAACGAGCUACCGAGGAGGAUACAACAGCAGAAAGCGCAAUGAGUCGGAAACACCCUGUGUAUACUUUCAGCGUGGCAGGUGCCACUACGGUGAGAGGUGCAGAUUCUCGCAUGACGUUACCAACGCUGCCGACUACGAGUUGAAUCCAGCCAGAGAUCCGAACGCUCGGAAUCAAUACUUUGUCUGGAAGAGAUUCCUUAGAAGCGGAAUAUCAAGGUCUGGGUAUCCUCCUAUGGAACAAGAGCUCGCUCAAUUCUGGAAAGGGGCUCUCGAAAUCCUGGAAAGUGAUAACAGAGAGAAUCAUCAAUCCCUCGCCAAAGAUCUUGUGGAUGACGAUCUUCAUGGAUAUGAUUUUAUCCUGGCAACUGCGGAUGCAGACAACUCAAAGGGAAUAAGACCUAUUCCUGCUUACGUUGAACCGUUCCUCAAAGUCAUUACCCAUCUCUCUCUCUUGAAUUGUCUUUCUAUCGAUUCAUUUGUUGGCACUCUGUACGCAUCUUUCGGUGGCACGAAUGGAGAUCGAGCAAUCAGAUAUCUGAGAGAUGUCUGUCAGAACCUGAUGGGUAGGGGUGAAGACAUCCGCAAAGCUAGACCGGUGAUUUCCCUAGACAUGAUGAAAUUGCUGUUGAACACCCUUUACCAGCUUUUGUCAAGGGUCCGACGCGCUCGAUUCCAUGAUGAACUCCCCGUACUGCUCGACCUAGCCCGCGAAUUGGGCUCCAAAGUGACGGAAGAUUGCUCGAAAGCCGACCUUGACGGACUUGAAAGCAGAAUCGAAGUCAUGCAGAGCCUGGUCACGAGCGCAAACCGCAAUCUUGUUACACCCAGGGCGCUUGAGGGGGAUCCUCAGACCACCGGGCCAGUUUUGUCGUCUUUCCCAAUGGAUAUGCAAAUACCUGGUGGGAGACACGACAACGACCUCGCAGAUAUAUCCCAAAUUCAGAUUCUUCCUACCCAUGGAGAGAUUGUCAACGGCAGUUCAGUGGAAUAUCUACCCUCUACCAACUUCCUACAGCCGCACAUUCUCGCCGACCCUUUGCAAAGAUAUAUCGACUCAACAUUCCGACUCCUACGCCAUGAUAUCUUCGGUUCAGCUAAAGAUGUUCUUAGAGAUCUGCUGCAGCAAAUUGAUCUGACACGAAGUCCCUAUAUGUCAGGCAAGGAAAGCAGGGCACAUCUCUAUAUGGGAGCACAAGUCCAGCACAUCUUUAUCAACGAGAGACACGAGCUCGAAGCAACUAUAUCCUUUUCUACUCCAUCCCAACUCCGCAAAAUGUCAUCCAAAGAUCAAUGCAAAUGGUGGGAAGACUCCAGUCGACUUGACGAAGGAAGCCUAAUCUGCUUUUUGGCGUCACAAGGAACUCACAGAAGACUUAUCUUCCUCGAGGUGACUGUGAAGAAUGCUUCCAAGGACCAAGGACCCCGGAAGAGCAGUCUUGUUUCUGAUACUUACCCACCUAGUAUUACGGUCAAGCUUGCGGCAUGCUUACAAGAUGAACUGAUGUUCCUGGGCCAGCUUUACAGCGAGAGACUCACUGGUAUUCUUGUCGAAUUCCAUGGUUUAAUCCCUGCCACGUUCGUCCCUAUCCUGGAAAACCUGCAGCAAAUCCAACGCGAAGGGGAUUUGGCAUUCCGAAAAUGGAUCUUGCCAGGCCAGAAGGGUGAUAAAGAUGGACAAAACAUACCCCCACCGGCAUACGCACGCAAACCAGGAUUUAUCUUCCCCCUGACGUCGAUCGCAAACCUUCCGGCUGGCGAUGUUGCAUUGGACCCGAGUGCCUCUGAGUCUAUUGACAUACUGAAGCUGCAAACCACGACUGGUCUCGAUUAUGGCCAGUGUCAGGGGCUUAUCGCAGCUCUCACACGAGAGUAUGCCCUAAUCCAAGGUCCACCAGGCACCGGAAAAUCCUAUUUAGGUGUCAAGAUUGUUCAAGCUCUGCUCGAAAUCAAGACAAAGGCAAAGCUGAACCCGAUCAUUGUGAUCUGUUAUACCAACCAUGCCUUGGACCAAUUCCUCAAACAUCUUCUUGAGGUAGGUAUUCAGAGAAUAAUCCGCAUGGGUGGCCGCAGUCAGGCCCCCGAGCUUGAAGGCAAGAACCUUCGCAUUGUCAGUCAAGAUAUUGGGAAGACUAGGUUAGAGUCGAAGUCCCUCGGCAUGUCCUAUGGGGGAAUUGAAGACUGCAUGAAAACUGCUGGAUAUGCAAUGAAACCUCUACACCAGUCUCAAAAAGGCCUGUCUUGGGCCGCUCUGGGGAAUUUCGUGCGCCGGAAAUGGCCCACUAUACAUGAACAGCUUGAGCGACCAGAUCCGGAAGGUUUCGAAACUGUCACAGACGACAAGUUGCUUAACUGGCUUGGAGUCAAAUUCAUGAAAAUACAGAAUGGCCAGAACGAGGGUGAAGUUGACGGUGUGCGCUUGGAAGGCCUCACACGUGCUGCCAAGGGAAAUAUUCAUAGUCUCUCGAUGCCGGAACGCCAGAUCCUUGCAAUGGACUGGUUCAAACAGUGGCGGGAAAGCGAAACCGCCUCGCUUUUUGAGGCUAUUGAUCGCGCUACGCGUCAUCGCAACAACAUCAAUGCAGUCCAUGAAGAGGUCAAUCGUCGAGCCCUGAUUCAAGCAGAUGUGAUUGGAAUUACGACAACAUCCCUUGCACGCCAUAUCAAGACACUACGCUGCAUAGGAACAAAGGUCAUCAUAUGCGAGGAAGCAGCUGAGGUGAUGGAAGCCCACGUCAUCUCAGCCCUCAUGCCAGGUGUUGAGCACUUCAUCCAGAUUGGAGAUCAUCGACAGCUGCGACCACAGAUUCAAAAUUAUUCACUUAGUCUUGAAUCAUCCACGGGAAAGGCGUGGCAGCUCGACAGAAGCCAGUUUGAGAGACGUGCUCUGGGUGAGCCAGGUCUCAAGCCUGCCCCUAUUUCACAGCUUAAUGUACAGCGAAGAAUGAGACCCGAAAUCUCGCAACUUAUCAGGCGUGUCUAUCCCAAAGUCGAGGACCAUGAAAGCGUGACAACUGUACCGAAUGUUGUUGGAAUGAAGGACAACCUCUUUUGGCUUGACCACCAAUGCCACGAAGACUCGAGAGAUGAUGGCAGCCGUGUGAAGUCUCAUAGCAACCAGUGGGAGGUCGAUAUGGCUACCGCUCUGGUUCGGCACCUUGUUCGGCAGGGAGCGUACAAGAGCACGGAUAUUGCCCUCUUAACUCCAUAUACGGGACAGCUGCGGAAGCUCAGGUCAUCGCUUAGCAAUGAUUUCGAGAUUUGUCUUAGCGAACGAGACCUAGAAACCUUGGCUGCAGAGGGGUUUGAGACGGUCGAAGAUGAGAAUCCUGAGUCCAAUAGUCACAAGGCACUCGAGAAGAAGGCGUUGCUUCAGACGCUCCGCCUUGCCACAGUCGACAACUUCCAAGGCGAGGAGGCAAAAGUGAUAGUGGUCUCACUAGUUCGAAGCAACACAAAGAGCAAGGUUGGCUUCCUACGCACCGAAAACCGCAUUAACGUGCUCCUCAGCCGGGCCCAACACGGCAUGUAUCUCAUUGGAAAUGCCCAAACAUACCUUAAUGUGCCAAUGUGGGCCGAUGUCCAUUCUCAGCUCUCCCGUGCGGAUGCAGUUGGCACGGAAUUGGCUCUAUGUUGUCCUCGCCACCCAGAGACACCUAUUCUAUGUUCUGAGCCUCGCGACUUUGAAAGGAAGAGUCCCGAGGGUGGGUGUAGUCUCCCGUGCACCCGUCGACUUGAGCCAUGUGGUCAUCAAUGCCAGGCCAAGUGUCAUUCGACGGUCAUGCACGACGGCUUUGCAUGUGGGAAGCCUUGCCCACGCAUCCGAGCAACCUGUGAUCACGAAUGUCCGAAGCUUUGUGGUGAAAAAUGUGGCCCUUGCAUGACGAAGGUUCAAGACGUUGAGCUUCCUUGCGGUCAUAUUAAGCAGGUUGUCUUUUGCCAUCAGAGGUCUAACCUGGGAGCCGUCAAGUGCGACGUUCAAGUUGAAAAGACUGUUCCUAAGUGUGGCCAUGAAAUCCAGGUUGGCUGUUCUAAGGAUGUAGCAUCCCCGGGGUUCCGUUGCCCUGAGCCAUGCACCGAUAUUCUCAGCUGUGGCCACAACUGCAGUGAUUGCUGUGGAAAGUGUCUGAAGGAAGUUGUCGACGGAAGAAGAAUAACCGAGCAUCCGAAGUGCAGAAAGAAAUGUGACCGUCCACACGGUGUUUGCAACCAUAGGUGUCCCAAGGAAUGUCACGAUGGGCAAAGCUGCGGUUACUGUGAGGCAAAGUGCGAAACUAAUCAUAUCAUAGGUCCGAUGCUCGCACUCAGCAUGCGACUUAACCUGCGGAAAAGCAUGUGCACCAUGCAUCGAGAGAUGCACCUGUGCGGCGACAAGAGUGAUGCUCGUGUUGACCUCCUCGAAUGGAAAAACUAUUCCGAAAUUAACCUCGAUGAAACUCCGAUUGUCGUUCUUGGAUGCGGCCAUUUCUUUACAAGCGAAUCGGUCGAUGGAUUGGUGGGCCUGGAGCAAGUAUACACGAGAGAUAAAGAUGGAAAUUUCGAAGACCUCCGAGAUGUCUCUUCUUCUCUUGCCAGUGCCAUACCCUCAUGCCCUGACUGCAAGCAACCAAUUCGCCAGUUUGUGACGAAACGUUACAAUCGUGUUGUCAAUCGUGCUGUUAUGGACGAGAUUUAUAAGCGGUUCCAUACCAAGGGUCGCAUCGACCUUGAGGUCCUUGAAUCGCGGUUGAAUGAUCUUGAACGAAAGGUCAACUCCAAGGCGCUGCUCGUUGGACUCGCCAGAUCAUACCACACAUCACUAUGGACGGCCUGUGAGCGUCUUGGGACAGAUGCUGUGAAUCUCAGCAGAAGCAUGGAGGUCGAGAAUCAGCCGAUGAAACGGCUCAGGGAUGCGAUUACCAUCAACCAGAAGCUACAAGAGGACGGAAUAGCCUCCCUAUCAGCCAGAAUAGAGGCAAUCAAUCUAGCAACACGAGAACCCGAUAGCCAAAUCACUCUCCGUGCACGACUAAUUCAAAUCAAAUCCCGAGAAAUUGCGUUUAGCCUGGUGUUCAAAGUCGCGGAGUCAAGAAAAGACCGUGCAGAAACACGGCCAGCUCUCGCCCUAUCACCAAAUUCAGUCUUGCCCCAGAUGUUGAAGGAUUGCCGAGACUUGAUAACUCAGGCGGAUGAACGAAGACUCUACCGCAUCGGCAUCACGGCAACCAUCUCAUUCGCGAAGAUCGCCCAGCUGGACGCAUGGUAUCGGCGCACUUAUCCGGCAGAAGAAACAUUGGAUCCACAUUGCAAAGAAAGCGACACCUCUGUUGAAAAGCUCGAAGAUCGUACUGAAACCAUCCGCGAUCUCCUUGCCGCUGCGUUAAAACUAUGCGAUAGACUGGGGAACUGCCCCGAGCUCCAAGAACAGGUCCAGGAGAUGGCCCGUCUCUACGAGGGGCCGCGGUAUGAGACAGUGACUCUAGAAGAACUGCAAUCAAUCAAGACGGCCAUGGUCAGUGGGCGAGGAGGAAUCGCGACUCACUCUGGGCACUGGUACAAUUGCGUCAAUGGACAUCCGUUUGCUAUUGGAGAGUGCGGUAUGCCGAUGGAGCAAGCUAGAUGCCCUGAGUGCGGAGCACCUACUGGAGGUCAAAACCAUAGGGCCGUUGAGGGCGUAUCUCGAGCGCAGGAGAUGGAGUAG